UUCAUCCCUAUUCAUAGGUAGGUUCCUCUCUUUGGACCACAAACCGCGUCGAUUUUUACUUUCUUUCGCCAUUCUUUUUUCCUUCUCCAACCCACAUUCUUCUUAUUCCAGAAUAUACACCCAAAUUCCUCUUUCCUAGGGUUUUAGUCCAAAGGGUUUUGGAGGCAUCACCAUCACCAUGAGAGCCAAAUUGUUUGUGUUCCCAAUACGAGGCAGGAACUGGUGCUUCUCCAGAACCAUCGAUCACUCUCUCUCCGCUUCCCAUGCUUCCUCUCAAUCCCCCUCAACCCUCAAAGACUUGUGGACCAACAUCAACGUUGGUGAUAAACCCCUUAACACCAAAACUGAGCUCUUUGUCGAUUACAUCGCCAACAAGAUGAAUAAUGCUUGGAUUGGCUUGGAGAAGGCGCCGGAGGGGUCUUUCAAGAACAAGAUUCAUGGGUUGGGGUUGCGGCUCUUGUCGCGGGUUAAGCCCUCUGAGAUAUUUUUGAAGUCUAUAUCGAAGGAAAUCACUAGUGUUGAAAUCAUUUAUCCAUCAAGUUUGAAUGCUCAACUUGUUCGUCGAAGACUAAGACACAUUGCUGUGAGGGGAGCAGUUAUCCACCGGAAUUACUUAUACGGUUUAGUUUCGUUGAUUCCAUUGACUUCAGCACUUAGCAUUUUACCUUUGCCUAAUGUUCCAUUCUUCUGGGUUUUAUUUCGCACUUAUUCUCAUUGGAGAGCCCUGCAGGGAAGUGAGAGGCUGUUUCAACUAGUCUCAGAUAACAGCAAGACUUCAAACACCACUUGUACAGAUGAAAAGAAAACUGAGCACAAGGAAUCUAAAAGUCAAAGACAUAGUUCAAAUGAACCUUGUUGGGUGUUGAGGCCAUCCAAAGAACUUGAGAAUCUUGUCCAUCUAGAAGAGGGUCAAGAGAGUCUUAGUCAACAUGCCAUCAUAAACAUUUGCAAGAUCUAUGACUUGAACCCAGUAGAUGUUAUAAAAUACGAGAAGUCCGUCUUUUAAUCAGUUUUGUAACAACUUGCAUUAGAAUUUUCUAUUCAAUCAUCCACUUACUUCACAAUGCCAUAAAUUUUUACCCAUAUUUUUUGGUUGAUAGUAACUCGUUUAUCAAUAUAUGUUACUUGUGAAUA